AUGGGCGUUACAGGCUCAGGAUUCGGCGGCUACGGGAUCACAGUGGCUAUCAGAGACGAUAGAGGUUAUCUGCACGUUUACGCUCAUUUAUCGUCUGCGUCCGUUUCUGUCGGUCAGCGAGUAAAGCAGGGAGAGAAGGUAGGUCACCAGGGCAGCACCGGAGUUAGUACUGGAGCGCAUUUGCACUAUGAGAUCCGAAAGAAAUCCAGCCCAUCAUUUGGCUUUACCGUCGAUGAGUCAGGUGUGGUGGAGCCUACGCAGUACUUGAUUAAUUAUUACGGGCAGCAGCCUGCAGUGGAUAAGGGGGAUGAGCCAAUGACGGCGGAGGAAAAGAAGCGGGUUGAGGAUCUGGAAGCCACAUCAAAAGCGCAGGCAGAAUGGAUCAAGGCUGAAAAGGCGAAGGCGAACAUGCCUUGUCCUGACUGGGCUAAAACAGCCUAUGAGCAUUACAAGGAUUAUAUCGCUGACGAGACAGGCAGUUACGAGUUCUGGCGGUUGCUUGUCAUUAACUACCGCAAGGAAAAAGGAAUCAAAGUACAGGGAGCUGAGAAG